CCUGCUAUCCCAAACACACAUGUUAAUAAAAUAAAAAUUAAAAAAUAAAAUAAAAUAGUAAUAGGGAGUAAUAAUUAAUAUCAGCCAAAUACUCAAAAUUUAUUUUACUCCCCACUGCACUUUUCAAAAUAACGCACUAUUGCGUCAAAGCAGAGGGUGGCGCGUGAUUUAUUUCAUUUUCGCUCAUAGAACGUAGCGAUGAAUAUUUCCUCAGUUCAAAAGCUCUGUCAACAUUUUAUUUGUUCUGCAAUUCAAAGAUGUCGCAAAUCGGACGAUCUUUGCAGAAUAUCUGUAAUGCUCAAAUCAAAUUCAUCUUGGGAUACUUCUCUUGUUCGAAUCUCAAUUUCGGAUACGGGUGUGGGAAGUUUCUUGGAAGAGUUUCAGGACUUGAAAUGCACUGGGGAUCCUGCUUCAACUGAAAAAUGGGAUGGAGUUAUUUCUGUCACAACUACCACCAUCUGUGAUAAUGAGAUAUAUCACUAUCGUUUGGAUCUCAAAGAAAUUGUUUCUGCAAGAAGGAUAACAAAGCUACCUUCAAAUUCUAAGAAUGGUGCAAAGUUUAGUGGGACUGAAGUAUCUCUUUCUGCAAUGGAAAGUAUUGAUGAUUUACUGGCAGAGAUUACUAACUUUUUUCGAAAGAUACUCAUAUUAAAGAUUCCUAAGGUUGCAGUUGAACUAGUGGUUGACUGCGGUGACAUUCCUGGAUCACAAUAUGAAAAUCUUAUUCUAGCAAAUGAAUGCAUUCAUUUACCUUCUCCUGCAUCAAGUAUUGAUUGUCUCAAGUCAGGCCUCGAAGAUUAUGUUUUGAAGCAUGAAAAUAUUUUAAAUAAUAUUUGUCACUCUUGCUUCUCAAGUCGGGAGCAUCUUAAGGUUGGAAGUGGAGUCACUUGCUCCCCAGAAAACCAUAGACGUAAUGGGCAGGUGAUGGAAGCUGUGAUUAUUAUCAGUGAAUUAUCAGAUCCAACCACUUCCUCCUGCUUCAGGGCACGUGACGCAAAAACAGAGGUUUUUUAUUUCAAGGACUUCACACUUUGUUCAAUUUCCCAAUCAUCUUUGGACGCAUUGACAAGCAUUGACUGGAAAAGUUUUGGGUUGACUUUGAGGAGCAUUGCUGAUCAGGAUGGUUGUGCUUUACUUGAAUGGGGGAACUUACCACCACAUGCCCAUAUAGAUAUUGCCCUGCAUUGUUACCAUAAGCAGGUCAUGAUACCAGCAGCAACACAUAAGACUCAACGUGAUCGAAGUUUUACCAAAAAAGCUGUUAAGCUUGCAUUGAAUGAUCUGAAGGAGAAAAAUAAAGGUGUUCUUCUCAGUUCACAUGCACUCAAGAUUUGCAGUUAUGCCCCUGAUCUUGCAAGAACAGUUGCUGGAUUGAUCUUGUCUUCCAAUGACUUGGACUUCCAAGGAGAAUGCUUUUCCAUGCUCGGGUUGCAGUUUCAAGAAAUAGAAGGAAAAGUUGUUGAAAACUGCAUUAAGGAAAGGAUUAUUUCAGUCAUAGAGAUGAAUGACAGAAAGCCUAGAAAAGGCCGAGAAGAUGCACCUGUUCUUUUUGAUGAUGACUGCUUCCAGGAACCAGACUUACUAGACGAGGAAUAUGAAGAAGGUGAGGAUGCCUUUAGUUCUUUGGAUCUAUAGUACUAUAUUUCUAUCACGAGUCAUAUCAACACUAUAGAUAAGCUAUUCCUUUUCAUGAAUUUUAUGCCAUAUAAAUUGUAAAUGCUAUAGUGAUUCACAGGAUACUGAAAGAAAUAAAUGGAGACUUUAAUUUGCUGAUUUCAAAAAGAUUUUCUGAGAAUUUCAACCUUCAAACGUUAUGAAAUGUUUGUGUAUGAAGCCUU